UGGACUUUUCAGAAUGGGGGUUGCAUGAUUUUUUUCAGAGUGAUCGAAGCUCGCUGUGCUAGAUAUAUUUAUUGCAAUUAUUUUUGGUGUCAAUGAUGAAAGCCAGGAAAAUUCUUCAUUCAGCAAAACAAUAAAUGAAUUUGUUACUACCACAAACAAACAACUGAGCGUCUCGUAAACAACACUCAAAGGCUCGUUUACGUACACACGUUUCUUGUGUCAUGGCUUUAUUAAUUGAAAAGUAAAAACGGUAGUAGAAGAAUGUUAUUUCCUUGACUCUAUCAGGCAGUAUUACAUAUUGUCCAUUGUCUAAUGAAAAAGUCAAUUAUUCGUGCAGUGCACAUGGCAGCUUCAUCACAGCACCAGAAACACCCAAAAGUUCUUCACUAACUACUACAUUCCACUACUUUACUUUUCUUAAGUAUAAACAUAACGCACAAUAUAAAUUAAUGGGACAAAACCUUGCACCACGUUUACUUAUAAUUACUUUUGAUUUUAGCCUGGAAGUGACUUCAUAAUGGUUUAGUGGUCUGCCCUCACCUUGGAAACCAGGAAGUGAUUGACACGCGCGCGCGGAGGAGGAAACCGAAACAACACCACACGCUGCAAUAGAAAGGUCAAAGCUGCCUGUGAUGUAGAAAUGAAGAUUCACGAAAGAAUUGUCUCCUAUUUUGAAUCUUGCACCUCCCAAGUGGACAAAGAAGGCUUCCUCCACAAGAAGGGAGAGAGAAAGACUUCCUAUCAGAAGCGCUGGUUCGUGCUGAAGGGGAACCUCCUCUUCUACAAGGACCGGCCGGCCGACCGGGACGUGACAGGGGUGAUUGUUCUGGAGGGCUGCACCGUCCAGCUGUGCGAGUCCGAGGAGCAGUUCGCCUUCUCGCUGGUGUGGGGCGAACCGGGACUGCGGACGUACAAGUUUGCUGCCGAGGACCAGGCCGGUCAGGAGAGCUGGAUCAAGGCCCUGCUGUCGGCCAACCACAGCUACCUGGCCCUGCUGGUGAUGGACCUGGAGAAGAAGUACAGAGAUGCACUCGGCGAGUUUUCCGCUGAACCGGCCAACGCGUUCGUCAUGCCGAACUUCAGCACGGCGGAGGCGGGACAUCCCCGGAGCGCGCGAUCUGCGACGUGUCCGGCCGCCGCCGUCGUGGGAGCGGGCCCGAGCUCCAAUCAGAUGCUUCAACCCACGACGGUUUCCUCCAAGGCGACCUGCAAGAGAUCCCCUAAGCUCCGGCCCAAGAAGAGCGCCAACGUCGAGCCCGUUAACACCCCUGCUGCCCCGCUGAAGGACUUGUCGGGAUUCUCUCUAAGCAGCAAGCAGGAAUUCACUAGGUUGCAUGAAGAUUUUGGAAAGGAGGUGAAGGAACUGAUUGUUGAAUGGUCAAAGAAGGACCAAGGCGCUAGUGGCGUUGCUGAGGAUGAAAACUUAAUUGAUUUUGGAGAAUAAGUCUGAAAUUAAACCGUAAUAUCAAUAUAUGUAUAUAUGAAUUAUAGCUACAACAAUUGUUGUUAGGAUUUAUUUGUCUAUAUUUGUUGUGCAAGACCAUACUGUUAAUUUUUUACUUCUUUUUUUUUACUAUUCUGUUGAUUUUUGUACCUUUGAUACCCUAAUUUUUAACAGCAGACUUAGCCGCUCUCUAACUGCUCUUUAUAUCCUUGACAAGGUCCAUCUGGUCUACUUACAAAUUUCAUUGUGUCUGGCUGAGUAUCAUUAGAAGAAAGAAACAAUACUUGACAUUUCCUCAGAUCUGGCAGUGAAGUCUUCUUUGCCUGAAAGAUGAACUGAUUUUUUGGAGAGUCACAAGUCACUGUGACCUCACAAAACAUGCUUUUUGGGGCAUUACUCAGGAAUUCACACGGCAAUUAAGACUAUAAAAUAAUAAUAAAACAUUUAAAAGGAUGCGAUGACCUUUUGGAUUGAUAUGGACGUAAUCUGAAACUGUUUAACCACAACAUGGCAAUUAUGGUUUGAUACUCGUGUUAACUUGAUACCAGCGUUUCUGUGUGGAUAUCUAAUUAUACUUUAAAAUAUUUUAGUCAUGUCUCUCUACAAUAGCUAUUGUCCAAACACAAACAGCUGUACCAGAAGUUUGCCAAAAUAAAAUGGUCAGAUAUC